AUGAGCGACGGCAAGCAAGUUCUAGUAGUGGUGCUGGGCACCUUGACACUGAAUUCCCUUGCAUGUGUAUAUAUAUUCUACAAAACUGCUUGUCGCUGGAGAGACUCUACAUCCAAAGAAAUGCCCAUGGUAUGGAAAGUGUCAUUUUACACUGCGACGCUUGGUAUCGUUCAGGCCACACAUGGAGGCGAUUUAUUCGGUGUUGAAAGGACUCGCACUCGUGAUAAUUUCAAUGUCUAUGUUUAUGGGGGGAACCAUGAUAGUGUUGACGUAUCUAAAUUUAGCAAGGAAUAUGGUUUUGAAUUUGGGAAGGCAUGA